AUGCGCGACGUCAGCGCCUGCGUUCGCGAGGACGCCCUCGACGUGCGCCAGGAAGGGAUCGGCGAGAGAGAGCAAGCGAUUGUCGCGCGUGAGAUCGAUGUCAGCUCCCGCGAAGACGCCCUCAUCAAACGUGAGGAGCUUGUCGCUGCGCGAGAAGAAGCCGUCAGCGGGCGCGAGGUUGACAUAUGCACGCGCGAGUACGCCCUCCAGCAGCGUCAGACAACCGUAGCCGCGCGGGAGGAAGCUGCCACCAUACGUGAGCGCGACAUCUGCAUGCGCGAUGAGACCCUCGAAAAGCGCCGGGAGGCACUAGAGACGCGUGAGGAGGCCGCCUUCCAGCGCCAUGAAGGGCUCGACAAGAGGGAAGAAGCCGCCGCCAAGACGGAGUGCGACAUGAACAAUCGGGAGGAGGCCCUCAACAAGCGCGACCGCGACAUCACCCUGCGCGAGGGCGCAAUCAACAACAAGCAUGCCUCCACGGUUGACCCAGGAAAUAAGGAGGGCGUCGGCUCGUUCAACGUAGGGUGGAAGAGAUUCGGGCCGCAAGGACGGGAUAUCAGCCAGUAUGUUCCUCGGCUGCCCGACGCGCCUACUGUUCACUGGCCUACGGGCUUGAUAACGACUACUCCUUUCGUACCCGACGUUCGUAGAGGGAAGCGCGGCAGAAACAAAUUGAAAUGGGACCACACUUACGUGAAGACCGUCGCCCGGACCUUCAAAAGCUCGCGAGAUCGCCCAGACCUUUGCGUUCAUGCAACGUUCACAACGCGGAAAGCUGCUUUCGACCUGAUAACGGAUUGCGCUGCUCACGGGAGACCGCUCGUCUUCGAUAACUUCCCGGACUCUCUCACUUACGCGUCCGCCGGCACAUCCAUCAACGACGACCCUUUCAUGAACCCCCUCACCUGGUCUACGGACCGUGCAGACGGGAUCGUAGGCGCUAACCUGCUCACGCCGCGCGAUUUUCAAGACGCGCCUCGCAGAGAAAAGCAUUCGAUGGCGCCAUACGUCACCGCAACUCUCCUCGACUUUCACACCUGGUUGAACAUGCCGGACAAGGUUCGCUGCAUCCUCGAUUUGACUUGCGGGUUCCCGCAACGCGACACGGUCACCGAACGACUCGCCGACAACGUCAUCGAGUGCAUCUCCUCGACGCCCGGGAACAAGUACAGCGGACAUUUCGAUAUCGCGGCCGACAUCAUGAAAACCUUGGACUGGUUUUUGCUGCACACCGCUGGCUUCCUUACAUUCGGUCACAUUGACGCCAGCGGUAUGGCGACUUCGGCGGAGAUUCGUGGAGGAGGGAUGAAAGAAUGGUUCAUCUUCGUCGCCACCAACAUGCCGAAGCCGAAGCCGGGCGAUACCAGACGCGAGCGUCGACGGAUACACGGACAACUCAUCAAUCGAGUGUUAGAUCUCAUUGAAGCGGCGAGUACAGAUACCCUCGAGCCGCCGAAGACGGACGACGGCAAGACGCCAGACUGGAAAGUCGACGGCUGCAUCGUCGAAUUGAGGCCAGGUAUGAAAUACUACCAACCGGCGGGAACUGUCCAUGGUGCCUUCACGCCUGUCCCCACCGCUGCAGCCGGCAAACACUACUUCACAUAUGAAGAUCUCCAUCGCAUGGAAGUAUCGCGGCGAGUGCAGAUCGCUAAGGACGGUGUGACGAACCACAACCACAACUGCGGCGUUCAGUUAAUGCUCAUUUCGAUGGCCGCCGCACUGCCGAUACGAGCGGCGAAUGGACAAGUCUUCUACCGGAAGCCGAUGAUAGCCAUGGCGCUGAUGCUCGUUAGGCCCAAGGACUACAUCAAGAAGGCUGACGCGCCCGAGACGCUGACCGGAGAGGACGACAAGGAGACGAAGGCCAGAAACGCGGAGCGCAUGGCCGAGUACACCAUGACCGAGCGGUUGCGUUCUGACACUUGGGCCGAGGAAGGAACGGCAUUCGACCGACUUGCGUACACUGUAGCGACAACCAUCCUGCUUGCGUGCAAGACCACAUACCCGGGCGACUCUAGGCCGAAAGUUCCCGGACGCGAGUACAUCCUGGAAGGCGACCGAUGGGAUGACCCUGGACCUCCUCUGGACGUCCGCGGACUCACGGACGACCUGAGGACGAAGCAUGUCGACGAAGUCAUCAAGCAGUUCGCACCCUCGGAUUCUGAGUCGGAAGCGGGAGCAGAUUCGGAUAGCGACAGCGACCUGACGGACUUGGAGUAA